AUGGGCAACUCUAAUUAUUUGCAAAAUAUUAAUUCCAUAUGUUCCUAUCGACAUGAAAAAUCUAGUUUGGCGGCAUGGGGUAAUUCAUCUCAUCUACCGAUGAAUUUGAGAAAGAUCACAGAUAUCAAUAUUGCAAAAUACACCGAAGAUAAUUGGGAAUCUUUAGGACACGAAUGGGAACCUUACGCUAAAAGAGAUACGUUAUGUCUCGGAGCUUGUUUGAUAAAAUAUAACAAAGUUAUGAAAGAAGUUGUAUUCCAGAAUAUUUCCAAUAAUCUAACGGCUCCGUCUUUAUCUUUAAAGGGUUGGUAUUAUUUAUAUCAUUACAAUAAAAAAAUGGUUGAAGAAGAAUGGUAUGAAACUACUAGAAUGGUUCCGAAACACACCGAAAAAGAAAACGUAGAAAAAGUUUACUCACAUACACACCCUUUUAUAAGAUAUUUUAUCAGACAAUCCAUUAAAGGAGGAAGUGUUUCUGCUAACAGAAAAUCAUUUGAAACGAAUAUAAUAGAUGAAAUUUGUAAUAUAUUAAAGGAAUACACAGAACUCGAGAGUAGUAAUAUAAUUGAUUUAUUUAAAGAAUAUAGUAAAAGUAGUAAAUGCAUGAAAUUAUUAGGUAAUCCAUUGUAUGGUAAAUCUAUUCAGAAGGAUAUAACUACAUCGAGACAUUUAUGGUGUGGAGCAACUUUAAAAACCAACUUCGAUUCACACGUCAAAAGCUAUCCUAAAGUAAAUGAGACUCAAUAUAUCGUUGAGAUAAAUGAAGAAGAUAAAGAAUUUCACUGUACACCUCCUAAAUCGACUAACACCUAA